AACCACUCCUAUUUUUAUACUCUCCACUCACCUUGACUCCUGAGGACCCUUGAAAGCAGAGAGCAAGAGAGAGAAAUCAAAGAAAAUGGAUGCAGACAAAGUGACCCAGCUUCGAGAUUUCGUCAGCUAUUGCAAAUCAAACCCCUCAGGUCUCCUCGAUCCUUCCCUCGGUUUCUUCAAGGAUUAUCUUGAGAGCCUUGGCGCCAAUAUUCCUGCAAACCCAACAAAAAUGAAAAGUCACGUAAAACAAGAAAGUGACGAUAGCAUGCCAAAUGCUUAUGAUGAUAAUAAGAAAGCCAAGGAGAAGGUUAAAGAUGAAGGCUUUGAAGAUGAAAUUGUUGAAUCAGACAUUGAGUUUGAAGGGGAAGUCAUUGAACCAGAUAAUGAUCCUCCACAGAAGAUGGGAGAUCCUUCAAUUGAAGUUUCUGAAGAGAGUCGUGAUGCUGCUCAAGUGUUGAAAGCAAAAGCUAUGGACGCAAUCUCUGAAGGUAAACUUGAGGAAGCCAUUGAACAUCUAACAGAGGCUAUCUUGUUAAAUCCAACUUCAGCAAUCCUAUAUGGAAAUAGAGCUGGUAUUUUCAUUAAGCUGAACAAACCAAAUGCUGCAAUAAGAGAUGCCGAUGCAGCUUUAAAGAUAAACUCUGAUUCUGCAAAAGGCUACAAAGCACGAGGGAUGGCGAAGGCUAUGUUGGGCCAAUGGGAGGAAGCUGCAAGGGAUCUACACAUGGCAUCUAAGUUGGAUCAUGAUGAUGAGAUUCAUUCUGUUCUUAAAAAGGUUACAUCUAAUGUGCACAAGAUCGAAGAGCACCGAAAAAAGUACGAACGCCUAAGAAAAGAAAGAGAAACAAGGAGAAUAGGUCGUGAAAGGCAACGGCAACAUGCUAAAGCUGAGCAGGAUCCUGAGUCAAAAGACGCUGAAUCCUUGGCUGCUUUACAAGAUGGAACUGUGGUGGGCAUCCAUUCAUCUGCAGACCUCGAAACCAAGCUCAAGGCUGCAACAAAACUAUCUCGAUUAGCAAUCCUCUAUUUCACUGCAACAUGGUGUGGGCCGUGUCGCAUAAUGGGCCCCAUCUUCAAGAGCCUAGCAGAAAAACACCGGAAUGUUGUUUUCUUGAAAGCAGAUAUUGAUGAGGCUAGCGAAGUUGCUCAGAGAUGGAACGUGAGCAGCGUUCCAACUUUCUUCUUUCUGAGGAACGGGAAGGAGGUUGAUAAGGUUGUUGGAGCGGAUAAGAGUGGUCUUGAGAGGAAGGUAGCAAUGCACGCGGCAAAGAAAUCGUGAAACUCGAGCCAGAACAUGAAGAAUUAAGCACCCAUUUGUGUGUCAAAUGGUCUCUUUACUAAAACUAUCACUUGGUUUGUACCUCUGUGGAAUUGUUACUGAGUUUGGUGAAUAAAUGUGGGUGUAGCUGCUGUAUCGGCAAAGAAAUCGUGAAACUCGAGCCAGAACAUGAAGAAUUAAGCAUCCGUUUCUGUGUCAAAUGGUCUCUUUACUAAAACCAUCACUUAGUUUGUACCUUUGUGGAAUUGUUACCGAGUUUGGUGAAUAAAUGUAGCUGCUGGUAUUGGCCUAAGGCUAAGUUAUAGUUGAUGAUA